AUGUAUACAAUAGAAUUCCAGAAGAGGGGUCUGCCUAUUGCGCACAUGAUUCUGUUUUUACACCCAGACAAUAAGAUGCGUACAACAGACGACAUUGAUAAAUGCAUAAGCGCUGAAAUUCCUGAUAAAGAGGUGGAUAAAUAUUUAUACGAAGUUGUUUCUGAUGUGAUGAUCCAUGGUCCGUGUGGUCCUAUGAACAGAGAUAGUGUCUGCAUGAAUAAUGGGCAUUGCACUAAAUUUUUCCCAAAACCAUUCAUGAAUAAUACUAUUGUCGACAAUGCUGGUUAUCCAAUAUAUAGACGACGAAACGAUGGGAGAGUUGUGGAGAAAAGGGGUUUUCAAUACUAUAAUAGUUACGUUAUUCCCUAUAAUCGUGAUUUAUCACUCCGUUUUCGUGCUCAUAUAAAUGUUGAGUGGUGCAACCAGACACGUUCAGUAAAGUAUUUGUUUAAGUACAUCACUAAAGCCGUAGAAAAACUCCCGUUUCAUCUUCCAGAACAAGAAUUGGCUAUUUACAACAAGGAUGAUCCAAUAGAAGAUGUUUUGCACCGUACAACAAAUAGAGCUUCUAAAUUUUUGGGCUGGAUGGAAUGCAACAAGAUUUAUCCCCAGGCCAAAGAACUCACGUAUGCUGAGAUUCCAUCUAAAUUUGUGUGGAAUAGCAGAGAAAAACUUUGGAAGCCAAGGUCAGAGAAACGGAAAAGUUUUGCAAUAGGCAGAAUUACGUAUGUACCGCCUUGUAUAGGGCAAGCCUAUUACUUGCGAGUUUUGCUUCAUAAAAUUCCAGGACCAACAAGCUUUGACUAUUUAAAAACAGUCAAUGGUGUACUUUAUAAGGAUUUCCAAGAAGCUUGCUAUGCAUUGGAAUUACUGGAUGACGAUAAGGAGUACAUUGCAGCUAUAAAUGAAGCAGGUGAAUGGUGUUUUGGGGAAUUUUAA